AUGCUUCGCUUUGUCGGCCGUGUUGCUAUUGUUACGGGCGCUGGCAAUGGUUUAGGAAAGGAAUAUGCACUUGCAUUUGGUCAACGUGGUGCGAGUGUUGUUGUUAAUGAUUUAGGCGGAAGCACAUCAGGUGACGGUGGUCCCUCAUCUCGGCCAGCAGAUGAAGUUGUUAAAAUCAUUAAAUCGCAUGGUGGAAAAGCUGUAGCUGAUUAUAAUUCCGUUGAAGAUGCAAAAGCUAUCAUACAAACUGCAAUUGAUAAUUUUGGUCGUGUUGAUAUUCUUGUAAAUAAUGCUGGCAUUUUACGUGAUAAAAGCUUUAUGAACAUGACAGAACAAGAUUGGGACCUUGUACAUCGUAUUCAUUUACGAUCAGCAUAUUUAUUAACACAUGCAGCCUGGCCGCAUAUGCGAAAACAAAAUUAUGGCAAAGUUAUAUUUACUACAUCCACAUCGGGCCUUUACGGAAAUUUUGGACAGGCAAACUAUAGUUCUGCUAAAAUGGGUUUAGUUGGCCUAUCAAAUACUCUUUCACUUGAAGGAGCUAAAUAUAAUAUAACAUGUAAUGCUAUAGCUCCAACAGCAUUUUCACGUUUAACUCAAGAUCUUCUACCGCCGGAUGCUGAAGAAAAUUUAAAACCAGCUUUCGUUAUGCCACUUGUUCUUUACUUAUGUCAUGAGUCAUGUGAUGCUACAGGUUCUCUAUUUGAAGUAGCUGGCGGUUGGAUGGGUAAAGUUCGCUUGGAAAAAUCUUCUGGUGCAAUGGUACGUCGUCCGAAUACACCAAUGACAGUUGAAGAUGUACAAGCUAAUUGGAAUGAUAUUAUAAGUUUUGCUACACCACUCUAUCAUUCCACACAAACUGAUCAAGUAUCACAUAUAUUAGAUUCAAUAAGAAAAAUCAAUAAUAAAGAUGAAGACAAAGGAAAUGAAGUUUUUACUCAAACAUAUUCUUAUACAUCGAAUCAAGCUAUUUUAUAUGCACUUGCUGUCGGCUGUUCGUUGCGUCAACCGAAUUCAUUACGUUUUCUUUAUGAAAAUCAUGAACAAUUUUCUGUUUUACCCACUUUUGCUGUCAUACCUUGUCAAUCGUUAUCAAUGAGUGUAAUGUCUUCAGGAAAACUUGGUUUUGAUAUUGAUCUAUUGCGAGUUCUUCAUGGUGAACAAUAUGUGGAAUUAUUUCAACCAUUGCCAACAUCGGGUACAGUUACAUUGAAAGGAAAAAUUGUCGAUGUACUUGAUAAAGGUUCUGGUGCUUCAAUUAUCUAUGAUACCGAAAUGUUUGAUGAAAACGGAAAAUUAAUUGCUCUCAAUCAAUUUGUGAUUUUUUCUGUUGGUUCAGGUGGUUUUGGUGGUAAAAAGACAAGUGAAAAUCAACGUCCAUCUUUGCCAGCACCAAAACGAAAACCUGAUCAAAUUUGUCGUGAAACGACAACAAUUGAUCAAGCAGCACUCUAUCGUUUAACAGGUGAUGCCAAUCCAUUACAUAUUGAUCCAUCGUUUGCAGCAGCAGCUGGCUUUUCGCGUCCCAUUCUACAUGGUUUAUGUUCAUUUGGCUAUGCUGCAAGACAUGUUUUACAUACAUAUGCAAAUGAUGAUUCAACAUUAUUUAAAGCUAUUAAAGUUCGUUUUACAAAACCUGUUGAACCUGGUCAAACAGUUGAAACACAUAUGUGGCGUGAAGGCAAUAGAAUCUUUUUCGAAGCAAAGGUACCAGAAUCAAAUCAAACAGUUCUUACUGGUGGAUAUGUUGAUUUACACGAUGUAGUACUUAAUACAGCGACACCAGGAACUGCUGAGGUACGAAUGAAAAGAAAAAAAAAGAUUAAAUAUCAGCCUCAUCUCUUGCAUUUGAUAUCUCCAAAGUAA